CAGACAACGGACUCGAAGUCAAAGCAAUUCGGCCAUUGCAAACCUUAUCAAAGUUAAUUGUUCGCUUCAAAAUGGCAACCCAGCAAUCCUCUUCCUCUGCGGAUGAAGAUUCCUCAUUCAUGAAGAUACUCCACUGGUACAAGCUCUUUGACACCGACGUUCCCCCCCGACUGGGGAUAGAAGUUCGUAAACGCCUACCUUACACCACAUUCUCCGCAUUUUCACUCGGGAUGUUCAUCGGAUCAUCCUAUGGUGGCAAGAAGGCCGCAUACCAAUUCCGCGCAGAAAACGCACAUCGUUUCCCCACGUCGUCGACCGGAUGGUUCCAAUACCAUAAGACCAAGAACUAUACUGCUAUCGUCGGGGCUGUCAAGGAGGGCACAAAGAUGGGCAUGAAGCUCGGUGCUGGGGCAUUUGCUUUCUGUUUAUUUGAAGAGACUGUGGAUUAUGCACGGAAUGAUCGACGGGAUUUUCUGUCUACUGUGACGGCGGGAUUGUCGUUUUCUGGGGUCUAUAGUCUGUUGGCCCGUCACGACAUUUACACUGCUGCACGCACAACGAAGCUUGGGUUGAAGCUGAGCCUUGCUUACGGAUUGGCGCAGGAUGCCCUUGAGUCGUUGAAGGGCAAUAGACCUGCCUAUGUUGACUUUAUGCUGGGGAAUCGCCGAUCUGCGUCCAAGGAUGAGGGCUCUAUGUGAUUGCAAGUUGGGCAACCCUGAGAACCAUAAUUCCGGUUGAUGAAGCACGACCAGUCGUUGCCAUUCGACCUAAGCCCUGCCGCUCGUGUACUGGUUGAAUGGACCGUACAGCCGCUUCAGAGUUAGCUUAGAAGGCAAAUCUGGAGCAAAUAGCUGACAAAACCCAGCUAGACUUGCCGAGAUAUUACAUGCGACUUCGAAGAUGUGUCAGGGAAGGAAGUCGGACAUUCUCUCAAUUCUCCUUCAAUCUCGCCCAGUGCGCUCAUUCCGCUCCUUGGGGACUAUAGGACUGUUGGGCUAUAUCAAGGAGCAGUCCAGGGCAACGCCAGUCAUUUCUUGGCCAUUUCGGUACUUCUUGUAAUCGAUGCAAUAGUGACUGGCAGGAAGGUGCUCUGGAUAUUCCCAUCCCAUCCCAUCUAUGAGGUGUUCUCGAAGAGGAUGAGCAGCUAGCUUUGUGCAGUCUUCCAGGAACAGUAAUAAUGUACAUCUCAUCUUAAUGCAGGAUAUUUGAUGAUUGAU